UCACGCUAAUCGAGCCUUUGCAGAGGCACGGUCGAAUCAGGCGACCAAGCUCCCGUUCUGCAUCGGCGCCGUCCAGGCAUAUCCUGCAUUGCCUUUCGUCCGCUUCCACGUGCUCUCCGUCGGUUCGGGUGUCGUCCUGUUCUCUUCCGUCCAUUGCUUGCACGAUGACCGGAUGGCGGCGUUAACGAAGAGUUCCACGUUACCCUCCGGCAACUUUGAAGGACACCGGGAAGCUUCCGCGUUUGUCAUGGCCGGCAAUUGUAUGUUGUGUUUGAUCUCUGAGCAUGACUGAAAAUGCAUCUCAGAGCAAUCACAUAAGAUUCGUGGGCGCAUUUGCCGGCAUUGGAAGCGGUUUAACCAAGGUUGCUGUGGGACAUGGGUUUGAUACCGUCAAAACACGAAUGCAAUGUUCUGCGCCUGGAACCUACCAUGGGGCCUUUGAUGUCUUUCGUCAAACAAUCAGAAAUGAGGGUAUCCUCGCAAUUUACAAAGGUGCAACUCCUCCGGCGGUGAUGUGGGCCGCCAUCGAUUCGCUGCUCCUGGGUUCUCUCCAUAAUUACCGUCUGUUUCUCUUUCGAAGCGGGAUGACCGAGCUCAAUCCCGCGACGCAACUUCCCCGCCUAACAAUUACCGCACAUGGACUGGCCGGUCUUCUCGCUGGCUGGACCAGUACGGUCCUUGCUACCCCGAUGGAGCUUUUAAAAGUGAAAUUACAACUUCAAAUGCAAAGAAAUCCUUCCGACCGUCAAUUUAGAGGAACUAUAGAUUGCGCCCGAAAGAUCGUCCGCACCCAAGGAAUCUUCGGCUUAUACAGUGGGUUCACAGGAGCUGUUGUGUGUCGGACUAACUUUUGUUGGUUAUUCCUAUCUUUUGAGGCAUUCAUGCGGGGUUUUGCCAAGCUGCAGGGCACAGCCUUUGAGGUAGCUCUUUCCUACAUAGCAACAGGUCCUGCGAACUUUUUAGCGGGCGGCUUCAGUUCUUUCGCGUUCUGGAUCAUGGCUAUCCCCGCGGAUAACGUGAAAAACCGUAUGAUGGCGUAUCCUUAUCCCAAGCCUUACCCCAUGGCUCCUUCUGAUGUCUUGAUGAAAAGACCAUCAUUUUUGCUUGUUACAAAGAAAAUCCUAGCCACGGAAGGAUAUCGCGGAUUUUUCCGCGGUCUUGGACCUUGUCUCUUGAGAUCUUUUCCGGUCAACGCUAGUGCCCUCUUCGUAUAUGAGUCACUGCUUCGGGCAUUCGGAGCG